AUGGCUGAACCAAUGUUGGCGUCACCAACAACGACAAAGCGAACUAGUAGUAUCUCUUUGGCAACAAUUACUUAUGCUAUUGCCAUACUCAUAGGAGCUAUAUUGAUAAGCACGUCGACACUUUUGAUGAAUCUCGAAGUAGGAAAGGAACGAUUUGGGCAAGCUGUAUUGACUAGAAGAGACGUCUCACCACCUCCUAUUAUUCCUCAACAACCCGCUGCUUAUCCAUCACCUAAUGAGAACUUCAUGAUUUCCGAUGCUUAUUUAAAUGAUGAGAUUGUCACGUCAUCAUUGUCAUAUGUUCAAUCUGUUGUCUCAGCUGCAUUGUUGAACGUGGCCCCCUCUACCUAUGUUCGAUUGUCCAGAGUAACAUAUCGUGCUGAUCCAGUUGCCAAUUGCUACUGGGCUGCAAACCUUUGUACUCGCACUACAUCUGGGAACUGGGGUCUGCCUGAUAUAGUUUAUUGUCCUCAAAACUAUCAGUGGGGGCUCACGUAUGAUGAUGCUCCAAGUGAAAAUUUCGUGAAUGGAGUCCAUUACAAUGAUACUGUUGCUCUCAUGGAUGAAUUGGAUGUGUUGAACUUGAAAGCCACAUUCUUCAUAACUGGUUCACAAUCAUCUUACUAUCCUGUCAGUUUGAUUGCUAUCGCCAAUCGUGGCCAUCAUGUUGCUCAUCACAGUUGGUCACACCACCCAUUUACAAGUUUGACAAACGAACAGAUUGUGGCUGAAAUGAUGUACACUGCUGCAAUCAUUUACAAUAGCACUGGUCUAAGUCCUCGCUAUUUCCGUCCGCCUUAUGGUGACAUUGAUGAUCGUGUCCGUGCCAUUAUCAAUGCUCUGGGCUUCCGAAUUGUUAUGUGGGAUAGCAAGUAUGACGCUACAGAUGCUGAUGUCACCGCCAAUGCGGCAAAUUUCGGCCUGGUCGAAAAUAUUAUUACUUCGUGGUUCAACACCGUACCAGGCUUCAUUGCUCUUCAGCACACAAUCAGUACCUUCACCUCCGGUACUUCGAUUGCUUCUCUCAAGACGAUUCAAGCUAUGGGUGGUAUUACAAACCAAAUGAUGCCAGUUCCUCAAUGCCUUGGAGACCCUCAAUGGUACAAGAAUGCAAGGGUCACGACCAUUUACAACUCGUGCACAAUUCCUACAGGUUGCAGUGCUGGUGGCAUGCCACCUUCAGCGCAACCAGUCGGUUCAGGUUUUGCUUCGCCAGGUGUUUCGCCAUCACCAGCAAGCCAUCUUGUUAAUACUUCCAGCGGUGCAAAGUUUGUAUUAAGCAAGAUCUUGCUGGUUUCCGGAGUCAAAGAACGAUUCGGAAGAGCCGUAUUGAGCAAGAGAACGGUAUCUCCGCCUCCUGCAAUUCCUCUUCAACCCGCUGCUUAUGCAUUGUCUGAUGAGAAUAUCAUGAUAUUUGGCGCCUUCGUGAAUGACUCUAUAGUGACAUCAGCAAUAGCACACGUUCAAUCUAUUGUUCCAGCUGCACUAUUGACGCUGCUACCUACGUUUCAGUCUCGACAAGGACAUAUCAUGCUGACCCUAAUGCAAAUUGUUAUUAGGCUGGUAACUUAUGUAAUCGCAUUACAUCUGGGAACCGGGGUUCACCUGACCUUGUCAAUUGUCCUCGGAAUUAUCAAUGUGCCUUGGCGAUACCCAAUGGUACAAGAACGCACAGGUUACGACCGUCUACAAUUCUUGCACGAUUCCUGGAGGCUGUGGUUCCGUCCCACUGCCAUAUCCAUCUGCGGCGCCUUCGGCUUUACAUCCGCAGUCCUGUCUCCAGUUCAACAAGGCGGGUCACCUGCUGCCUCACCAAGCACUGCUUCAGAAUCUGCAAUCAAGAUCUCAGAUAUCUCAAGUGGAACGAUGUUUGCACUGAGCCAGACCUUGUGGGUUUUAAUCGUAGGCGUUCAUUAUUGCAUGUGGUAG